AUGAAACAAUGUCUAGGAAGGUUGUAUAGCAUUUAUCUUAGAACAACAUCUUUCUACAAUUCAGCUAGUCAUUUUAAUAAACAUAUAUCACAUCACAAGACACCAAUACGACCGUUUACAAAUCAAUCGAGAUUAUAUCAAGAACUAAUUAGAGGGAAAUCACCACAAGUACCAAGUGAUAAUACGCAAAACAAGCUUCUGAGCGCACAAACUAAUCAAAGUACAACAGAUCCUCCAAAACCAAAAGAAAUUACUUAUUUACAAAAUAUACAUAAUCAAUUGAAUGACCAAAUUAAACCAGGUGAUGCUAAAGUUUUACCAGAAGGAACAAGUAAAGAUGAAUUUUUAACAGAAAUUUUUGAUAAUUUAGAACCAUAUAUUGAUACGUACAAAAUUUUCACAAGAUUGAAAUUAGCAGGAUUUACAGAUGCACAAAGUGAUCAAAUUAUUCAUCUAUUAAUAUUCCAAUUGAAUUCAAAAUUAUCGAAAUUGUCAACAAUUUAUGCACAAAAAUAUGAAUUAGAAAGUGAACAAUAUCUAUUUGAAAGUGCACAACAGGAAAUUAGAGUUGAUAUAACAAGAAGUAGGGAGCAACAUAUAAAUGAAUUAAUUUCAUUAGUCAACAUUCUAGAAAGAGAUUUUAAUAUAAUAUCAGAUGAAUUAAAUAAUGAUUAUCUCAGAUUGAAGAAUGAUUCACAAGUUGCAAUAAGUGAGCAAAAAUCAGAUAAUACUUUAAAUGUUAAAAAACUAUUUUUAAGAAUUCAAGAGACAAAUCAUAAAAUUACAACAGAAUUAGAUUCUUCAAUAAGGUCAGAAAUUGAAAGUUUAAGAUGGUAUUUAUCAAGAUGGGGUUUAAUUACUUUAUUAGUUUCAUUAUUUUUGGCAACUUUGAUAUUCUUUGGUAAAAAAUUUAAAAAUGAAAAAGAUGAAGCUAAAAAGGAAUUUGUACCAUUAGUAAUUCGUGAACCAAGUGAAUAUGAUGAAGAUGAUUAUCAUACUGAUUUAGACAAAGAUGAAGUAUAG